UAGUAGUACUAUUUUCUCUCUCUCUCCCCCACAAUUGACUUUCCUUUCCCCCCCCCCACCAGCCAAAAAGAAUAAUUCUGAUUAUGAUUACUUACUCUAUGCUAAGCUAAGCUAAGCUGAGCUAACUAACCUAGUUUUAACUAAAUCGAAUCAUCAGCUUACCCAAAUCAUUAUAAGAAGUUGACUAAACCCCAAAUUCUAACUAUCCCAUCGUAGCCAGCACCUUCUAUAUCAUUCGCACUGCCCUCAGACAAAUUAUAAAAGGCCGUUCACAGGAACCCCAUGAAACUCCUCGUUUCGUUUUUCAUCGCUAUCAUUGCUAUUGUCUUGACUUGCAAUACAUCUACAUCUACAUCUACUUUCUUCUACCAGUUUACUAGAUUCUUUACUACUACAUCUACCAACACCACCACCGCCACAUCAACCAACACAAAUCCAUCCAACAUGUCCGUCCCCCGCGCCAUCCGCCAAGCCUUCCUCGCCAUCGAACAAGCCGAAGGCGCCGGCGCGCGCGUCCGCCGCUCCAUCGGCACACGCAACCUGCGCAACUUCAGCCCCUUCCUGAUGCUGGACCACUUCACGAUCGGCAAGGGCGCCGGAUUCCCCGACCACCCACACCGCGGGCAGGAAACCAUCACGUACCUCCUCUCGGGCGGCGUGGACCACGAAGACUUCGCCGGAAACCGGGGCACGAUCGGCCCCGGAGACCUGCAAUUCAUGACCGCCGGCCGGGGAAUAAUGCACGCGGAGAUGCCGCACGAGAAUCCCGAUGGGAGUCCCAACGUGGGCAUGCAGCUGUGGGUGGAUCUGCCCAAGGAAUUGAAGAUGUGCGAGCCGCGGUACCGUGAUCUGCGGGCGUCAGAGAUCCCCAUUGCGAAGGCGGAUGAUGGGCGCGUCACGGUGAAGGUCAUCUCGGGCCAGUCGCAUGGAGUGGAUUCCGUAAGGGAUCUGGCGUAUACGCCUGUUUGGUUGUUGGAUAUGACGGUGAAGCCGGGCGGUCGGGUCAAGCAGGUGUUGCCGGUUGGGUGGAAUGCGUUUGCGUAUACCUUGGCUGGGAAGACGAUUUUCGGGUCCGGUGGGGAAACGAAGACAAUCAAGGAGUUUCAUAAUGUGGUGUUUGAGCAGCAGGGUGAUUAUGUGGAGGCGUCGGUGCCGGAGAAUGCGGAUGAGGAAGGAAGGUUCAUUUUGGUGGCGGGUCAGCCGUUGGAUCAGAAGGUCGUGCAGUAUGGUCCGUUUGUGCUGAACAGUGAGCAGGAGGUGUAUCAGGCUAUGGUGGACUUUCAGACGGCGUCGAAUGGGUUUGAGAAGGCCAGGAAUUGGGAAAGUGAGAUUGGGAAGCGCAUGGCUUAUUAGAUUGUUAUAUUUGUUUGUUUGGAACUGCUAGAUGAGAUUUGUAUUGUGUAUUGGCGUUUGGUUUGAGUUUUUUUUUUUUUUU